AAAAAGCUCAAGCCCUAUUUAUAAUCUAACUGUGAACCCUUUUUCAGUACUGCAUCAGAACCCUAAUGAACUUCACAAGUUAGCAUAGACAGGCAAAAAUGAAGAUGCUUACUUCUUUAUUUGUUCACGUUUUGCUUGUAGUGGUUGCCUCUACUACCAGAGUUUUUGGUAGUGGAUACCUUGAAGAUGAACCUCAUAGUGAUGGAAGACAUGUAACAACACAAGGAGCAAUCUACGGGCAUCCUCCACCACAACAUUAUGGUCAUUUACCUCCAAUUCACAAACACCCACCUCAUCAUAAACAUCCACCACCUCACAAGCAUCCUCCACCCCCUCGUGGCCAUCCACCACCGUUGCAAUACCCUCCACCGCCCUCUCAUGGUUAUCCUCCACCUUCCCAAUCUCCACCACCUACUCAAUAUCCCCCACCCUCUCAUGGUUAUCCUCCACCUUCCCAAUCUCCACCAGCCUCUCAUGGGCAUCCUCCUCCUUCCCACUCUCCACCACCCUCUCAUGGGCAUCCUCCGCCUUCCCACUCUCCACCACCCUCUCAUGGGCAUCCGCCACCUUCCCAAUCUCCACCACCCCAAUCCCCACCACCAUCUCCUAUGUAUCCACCACCAUCACCACCCACAACAACUUAUCCUCCACCUACUGCAACUUAUCCACCACCAUCACCACCCACUACAACUUAUCCACCACCAUCGCCGCCCACUACAACAUAUCCACCACCCUCUCAUGGGCAUCCUCCACCUUCCCAAUCUCCACCACCCCAAUCGCCGCCACCAUCUCCCAGGUAUCCACCACCAUCACCACCCACGACAACUUAUCCUCCACCAUCACCACCCACUGCAACUUAUCCACCACCAACCCAGUACCCUCCACCUUCUCCUAGAUAUCCACCUCCAACUCAUACGUAUCCACCACCAACUCAAACGUAUCCACCACCAUCCCAAUAUAAUCCACCACCAUCUUCACCAUACCCUAGACCACCGCGUGCAUGGAAUUACUAACCACCUUACACGCAGUCAGUUACCCUUUGAGUAUAUGA